AGGUACACCACUGUUCAAAAUUAUGCCGUUUUUCCUCUCAUUUUUUGAAGCUCGUUAAAGGCUUUGCCUCUCGCAUUUAUGCUUUGAUGUCUUUAUCAAAAUGGAGAGUGUCGGGGCUGAGUGCACUGAGCUAAAACGCGAGUACGAUGCCUGCUUCAUCUCAUGGUUUUCGGAUAAGUUCUUGAAAGGAGAUAAGGAUGAUUCGGUUUGUGCCCCGCUGCUUGAAGUCUACAAGAAAUGCGUACAGAAUGCCUUGAAAGAGAAAAACAUCAAUGUGGACGAGGUGAACAUUCGUGUUCUUGGUACGGACGAUGAAAAUCGAAUACCACCAGGAAAGUCGUCGCCUUGA